GUACCUGGGCGCCCGGCUGGCGUCUUUCUACGAGCGCAGCGGCCGCGUGCAGUGCCUCGGGAGAGAGGGGAACCCCGAGCGCGAGGGGUCCAUCACCAUCGUCGGCGCGGUGUCGCCUCCGGAGGGGGUGGCGACUUCACCGAUCCCGUCACCUCGGCCACCCUGAGCAUCGUGCAGGUGUUCUGGGGCCUCGACAAGAAGCUUGCGCAGAAGCACUUCCCCUCGAUCAACUGGAACAUCUCCUUCUCGAAGUACAUCCGCGUGCUUGAGCCCCACUUCUCCGAGAAGUUUGACCCAGAUUACGGCAUGCUGCAGCAGAAGAUGAAGGAGAUCCUGCAGAAGGAGGACGAUCUGCAGGAGAUCGUGCAGCUUGUCGGCAAGGACAUCU